AUGGCCUCCGCUGAACAGCGUGAGAUCGAUCUCGUCGACAAGGUCAACCUGCGCAUCAUCAACGUCGCCAACCAAGGACCCAAGCUCACUGCCCUCCUCAAGACCUACCUGGCACCACUCCUGCUCAAAGCUGGCAGCGAGCAUGCAGCUGUUCGGCAGAAAGUCGUGCUGAUCGCCCACCGCCUCAAGACCUUCAUCAAGUCGCCUGAUGUGGUGCUGCCCGUGGCCACCCUGCUGGAGCAGUACAUGAAGAACCCCCACCCGAUCAUCAGGCAGCUGGAUAUCACCUUCAUACAGCACAGUAUCGAGAGGAUCCAGCCUGACGAGAGGAGGGCAAUCGUGGAGCUGCUCCUGGGGGGCAUCGCGAGUGACGAGGGGCGCGCUGUGGGCGCGAGGUUCAACCUGUUCCUGCAUGUGCUGAAGGACAUAGUCGUCCCUCCAAGGGGUAGCAAGAAGGAUGAGGUCUUCCGCAGCGAGCUUGGCCUGACGGAGGCCGAGGAUGCGGCCUUUGUGGCGGAGAAGCUCGGCCACAUCUUCCUCCUCGUUCUCGGCGAGGAGAAGAGCUCGCCUGGUCUGACCGAGGACGAGAUAACGUUCCUCACCUUGGGAAAACCUACAGAGACGUGGAACACGACAGGCAUCGACAGCCUAGAUCUGCCGUUGACGAGGAUCCGUGCCGUCAAGCUGCUCGAGAGCGGCGCCUUCACGGACGACGAGCGGUUCCUGCCCGCUGUGUAUGCAGCGAGCAGUACGGACUACAGGAUCAAUAGCGUGGGCGAGGCCAUGUUGAUGCGGAGCAAAGCCAGCUUGGAAGACGAGGAGCGGGUGAAGACUCUGUAUGAGAGGCAUGCGUGUCUGCCGCCGCCGUAUCGAAUACGCAUCCUCAACCUGCUGUCGAAAUCGGCAGCAUCUACAGACUCCAAAUUCACAGAGGAGAUCCUCUCAGUACCGAGACCCGAUGGUCUCCAGCUGGCAAAGAUCCACAGGGCCCUUUUUGCGUACCUCAACUGGCUGGCGCGCAUAGGGCCUGGACGGGGCGACUUUGACGUCGGGCGUAUGCUGGUCGAAAUGCUGAAGACAUUCAUCACGGUGGAGCUGGGGUGGCCGAAGCCCAAGCAAUCGAUGAACACGCUCGAUGGCCAGGUCUUGCGUGCGAGGGCCUUCGAGACGAUCGGGUUGCUUGCCAAGAGCAGCCCAAUGAAACCGAAAAAGCAACUCUAUCUCGUCGCGUGGCUCCUCCGGUCCCUCUCUGAAGACCCGACGCCGGAUCUGGUGGUCAACAUUGAAGGUGCCUUGUCGAGUAUGGCCUCACUCUUCAAGUUCAACGACCAAAAUCUCCUCGAGCUCCGCUCCAUACUCAUCGCCUACAUGUUUCUCCCCGACGGCGGCGAUGCCAUCCGCAGCACACGCCAUGCCGUCACGAAACUUGUGAACCGAUGCCUGCCCCUCUCCGAUCCACUGGCGCGAUGGAUGAACAUCGUCGCAAUUGCAGGGCGCGAGGAUGAGCGCACCGAGGUCAUAGAGGAGGGACUCAAGGGCCUUGACCCGUGGUGGUACCAACUCAACGACGACCAGCGCCACCAACCGAUUCCAGACUGGCAGUCCCUCACACACCAUUUCUUCAAAAGCAGGAUUGAUUGCGGCACCCCGCCUUCGAGGAUCGUUCAAGGCGUUCAGCAGAAUUUUCCUAACCUGGCGGACACCGCAUACCCGACGGCCGUGGCAUAUUGCAAGAAGAUGCUAUUCGCGACGGCCCUGAACAAGACGUUCAAGUUCGGGCCUGACUGGGAGAGACAGCUCGAGACCCUGGUGCAGACAGACCGGCAGACGAGGUCCGAGAUCGAGGUGUACCUCGGUAGUGUACAGGGGACCUCGCUGACGGACCUUCUGGAGGCUGCCUUCGAGGGCAUCAAGGAGGACGCUCGCUCUACCGAAGAAUGUGCUAGGGCCUUUGUCGACGUGGCCUCGCUGUGUACCAUCGGCGUGCUGGCGCCGUUCGCCAUGAAAGGGCUCCACAACCUCCUGGCUGUGCUCCAGUCGAACAACAAGGAGGUGAGGGCUCUCGCUGCGCGUUGCAUCGGCAUCCUAGGCGCGCACCCUGUGGUGCCUAUGGAGACGCUCAACGUCUUGCACCACAUCCUGCUCGAGCGGGCCAGGGGCUGGAAGACGGCCGUCGGUGCAGAGAUGAAUGCUGUCGAGGGCGCAUUCCUUGCCCUGGGCCAUCUGUGGUCCAGAGGCAGAUACUAUCCUCACCGCUCGCAGGAUCCACCUCCACCCAAGAGGCGGAGGACUGACUCGGGACAGGACAUCGCCAAGCAAGCUGCUGCCGCGAUACAGAGCAUGAAGGAGUCAUUCCUCAUGGGCAAGGACGCACCCAAUGAUACCCUGAGCAUCCGGCCCGAGAGCGCGCCAGCGUCCUUCCAAGACGUCAUCCUCACGGUGAAGGCACAGCUGUGGACGGCGUCCUUUGUCGACGAGAAGAAGCCCAUCGACACAGAACUCGACCUGCUGGUGCCACAGUGUAAGAAGGGGAACGAGCGCGCCAUCACGGCGCUUGGGCGGCUGACCAUCGGUUGGAGCGAUGGCAGUGCCGAGGUGGACACUGUGCUCUCGAAGCUCUACGAGCUGCACGAGCUCAAGCAGGCCGAGGUGCACUUCACCAUCGGCGAGGCCAUCACCGCUACAGUGGUGCGCUGGGACUCGGAUAUCGUCGGGCUGACGGCCGACGUUAAGUCUACGUGGGGCGACUACCGCGUGGGCAUGCGCCCUGAGAAGAUGAAGCAGGCCCUGAAUAAGAUCUUGGCAGACUGCAAGACCACGAAGCCGUCGCUGCUCAAGGCGUCCGGCAUCUGGCUCUUCUCCAUCAUCCGCUACUGUGCGCAUCUACCUGACAUCCAGUCCCGGCUGCGCGAGUGCCAGGUUGCCUUCAUGCGGCUCCUCAGCGCCCGCGAUGAGCUGGUCCAGGAGACGGCCUCGCGCGGUCUCGCGCUGGUGUACGAAAGGGGCACGCAGGCGCUCAAAGAGGACCUGGUCAAGGAUCUCGUGGGUGCGUUCACGGGCUCGAGCACCCAGCUCAAGGUCGAGGAGGAGACGGAGCUGUUCGAGGCGGGCGCCCUUCCGACGGGAGAGGGCAAGUCCGUCACCUCGUACAAGGACAUUGUGAGCCUGGCCAACGAAGUGGGUGACCAGACGCUAGUCUACAAGUUCAUGUCCCUCGCGUCUAACGCGGCGACAUGGUCUACACGGUCUGCUUUUGGCAAGUUUGGGCUGAGCAACAUCCUCUCCGGGACGGAGAUCGACCCCAAGCUGUACCCAAAGCUGUACAGGUACCGCUUCGACCCAAACCCCAAUGUCCAGCGGUCCAUGAACGACAUAUGGAAGGCACUCGUCAAGGACUCAAACGCGGUCGCCGAGAAACACUUUGAUGCCAUCAUAACCGACCUGCUCAAGUCCAUUCACGGCAAGGAGUGGCGGGUCCGCCAGGCAAGCUGCGCAGCGAUCACAGACCUGAUCGGCGGACGGCCCUUCCAGAAAUAUGAGAAAUACUACGGCGAGAUCUGGACUAAGGCCCUGAAGGUGCUGGACGAUGUCAAGGCAACCGUCCGCGAGUCCGCCAUGCGCCUGUGCAUGAGCAUGGCCAAUACGCUGACGCGCCAGCUCGAAGAAGGCGGCGUGUCGGCCUCGGCGCGGGACAUGAUGGCCUCCACCCUCCCGUUUCUGCUCUCUGACAAUGGUAUCGAGAGCAGCGUCGAGGAGGUGAAGAGCUUUGCCAUCACGACCGUCAUCACCAUCACCAAGACCGGCGGCAAGGCCUUGCAGCCGUACAUUGCCAAUAUCGUGAGCCACAUGCUGGGUCUUCUCAGCACGAUCGAGCCAGACGCGGUCAACUACUACUACCAGCGCUUCGGGGAGGACGGCCGCGGCAAGAUCGACAAACUGCGGAGCCAGAUGGUGGGCCAGAGCCCCAUCUUCCAGGCGAUCGAGAACUGCCUGCGCAAUGCGGACGCCGACGUGAUGCCGCAGCUUGCGGCAGGGCUUGAAGAGACCAUCAAGAGCGCCAUCGGCAUGCCCACCAAAGUCGGCUGCGGAAGGGUCCUUGGGACGCUGGCGACGCGCCACACGAGCGACUUUCAACCGUACGCGGCGCGUUUCCUGCAGAUCAUGGAGAAACAGGCCCUAGACAAGAACGACGAGGUCAGCGGUGGAUAUGCGCGGGCUGCAGCGUACAUCAUGCGACAUGCACCCAGCGAGGCCAAGGAGCACUUUGUGGACAAGUAUGUCGCGCUGUUCUUCGCAGCCGAGGAUGAGGCGAGGCGGGAAAAGGUCGCUGCGGUGAUCUUGUCUCUGAGCAAGAUCUCGCCGGACCACUUUAGCGCGCUCGAGGGCAGCCUGUUGCCGUUUAGCUAUCUGGGCAUGCACGACACGGACGAGUACGUGGCCAAAGCCUUCAAGGAGGUCUGGGAGACGCACGCCGGAUCUGCGCGCACAGCGACGAGAUUUGUGCCGGAGAUUGUCGCCCUGGUGACGAGGAGCCUGGACGCGCCGCAGUGGAGCCUCAAGCACGCGGGCGCGCUGACGGUAGGCGAUGCGGUCCGGGCUGUCGCUGCACAGGGCGAUCUGACCGGGUCGACGGUCAACGUAGGGCAGCUGCGGCAGCUCUGGCCCGCUCUCGACAAGGCCCUCGCACUCAAGACGUUCGAAGGCAAGGAGAAGCUGCUCGACGCCCUGGCGGAUGUGCACACCAAGGCCAAGGCUUUCUGGGAGGGCGAUGGAACGGUGGCAGCCCAGCUGAAGAAGAUGGUGCUGCGAGAGGCCAAGAGGAACAACGAGGCGUACCGGGUGCAUGCAUUCAAAUGUCUCUGCCAGUGUGCGGCUGCGCGCGAUGACCUGGAAGGCGGACUUUGGAAGGACAUUGUGGGAAUUGUCAAGCCUUUUCUGGAGGCGUAUGUCGAUGAUGAGAAAAACCACACUGAGGCUAAUAGCUCGACGGGCGAUGCAAAGGAAGUGGCAAAGGCGAGGGAGAGCGAGCUCCAGGCCUACAAGACAGUGCUCAAUGCCACUGAGGCGGUCGCGAGAGGAUACAGCCGGCCCAUGAUGCGCAAGGCGCCGCUGGACGUUCUGAGGGAGAUCCUGGACGUGCUGGCGCCGUUCCUGGACAAGAGAAAGUUCGACUCUAUCAGGAGGGAGGUCUGGUAUGACUGUGCAGGGGAUCUGAUGGGCGAGUCGGCCAAGACAGACCCGACUACGACAGCGACGGCGGGCAGCGACAACAAAGACAGCAGUGGCGAGAAAGUGGCGCUGGACUACUUUGCGACGCUGGACGCGGACAAGCCUGAUGUGGGUGUCGAGUCACACCGUCUGGCGAGGGCCAAGGCCACGCUUGCGCUGGGGGCGAAGGAGCAGAUUAAGAAGACGGUUGAGACUGCUCUGGAGGGUGAGAGGUCGAUGGAGGUGAAGAAGGUUGUGAAGGAGGCACUCGCGGCGUUGAACGAGGGCGGUGAUGUUCGUCUGGUCUCUCUCAGUACUUAG